CCUCCAUCUUUUAAGCCCUCGCCCACCGCUUCCUCCCGUCACCCACGUCAGACUUCUGACUUGCCUCCUCCUCAUUCACUCGUUCCCCAGCAGAGAGAGGGAGAAUCUCUUCUCUCGCCGCUGCAGAACUGUUUGGUGAUAAAAACUGAGGCCAGAAUCCAACGCCAGCUAAAACGAGAGGCAGGGAUUGCCCUCUCCCUCCCUCCUCUGGUGUUCAUAUAUCCGAAGCCACAGCCACACAGAGAGAGAGAGAGAGAGAGAGCAGCAGCAGGAGCAGCGCACCACCUCGGCCUUCUCUCUCUCCCCUUCUCCUUGGUUGUCUCUAUCACCAAAGAGAGAGGAGCCAUUCUUUUUUCUCGCUCUCCUCUCCCCAUUUGCCUCCUCCCCACUGUGUUCCACAUUUGCUGCAUUACGUGCUUACUUUUAAAAGAGGCAGAAAGGCAUUAAUCGACAUCGAAGGGGAGUGUGCGUGUGUGGUGUCUCUGUGUUUUCCUCCUCUCUCCCCCAAGAGGCAGCAAUGGCUUCCUUGUUGCUGUCCGAAUGUGGAUUGCGCCCCCUCCCCAAAAUUUCGUUGUACAGGGGCAUGGGUGCGCCGCUGGGGAAGCCAUUGGGCUCCCAAGUUACGCUGCCCAAAAUGGAUCUUUGUCUCAGGAGGAGAGAGGCAUUCUUUUUGGGCGGCGGCGUCUCUGCAAGGGACAGAGAGUGGGGGUUGGGGGUGAGUGCUCCUCUGAAGGUUGCUUCUGUUUCUGAAGGUGGGGAGGCGGAAGGUCAGAAUUUCCCCUCAUUCAAUCCUGGGGCUCCUCCCCCGUUCAACUUGGGCGAGAUCCGGGCGGCCAUUCCCAAGCACUGCUGGGUGAAGGAUCCAUGGAAGUCGAUGAGCUACGUCCUUCGCGACAUCGUCGUCGUCUUCGGAUUGGCGGCCGCUGCUGCUUACUUCAACAAUUGGUGGGUCUGGCCUCUCUACUGGGUUGCUCAGGGCACCAUGUUCUGGGCCCUCUUCGUUCUUGGCCAUGAUUGUGGGCAUGGAAGCUUCUCUAACAACCGGACGCUGAAUAACGUGGUCGGGCAUGUGCUUCAUUCAUCUAUUCUUGUACCUUACCAUGGAUGGAGAAUCAGUCACAGAACUCAUCAUCAGAAUCAUGGCCACGUAGAAAAUGAUGAAUCAUGGCACCCUCUUCCUGAGAAGAUAUACAGGAAUUUGGAUGAUACUACGAAGAAGCUACGUUUUAAUCCUCCUUUUCCGAUGUUUGCAUACCCUUUCUAUCUGUGGGGAAGAAGCCCAGGGAAGACAGGCUCCCACUUUCAUCCAGAUAGUGCUCUUUUUGUGCCCAAUGAGAAGAAAGAUGUGAUUGUCUCAACUGUCAGCUGGAGUGCGAUGGUAGCCUUGCUUGUUGGACUGUCGUGUUGGAUGGGUCCAGUUCUGAUGCUUAAACUCUAUGGUGUUCCCUAUUGGGUAUUUGUCAUGUGGUUGGAUUUUGUGACUUACUUGCAUCAUCAUGGUCAUGAACAGAAACUCCCAUGGUACCGAGGGAAGGAAUGGAGUUACCUUAGAGGAGGCCUUACAACACUAGAUCGUGAUUAUGGAGUAUUUAAUAACAUCCACCAUGACAUUGGAACUCAUGUUAUCCACCAUCUCUUUCCACAGAUACCACAUUAUCACUUGGUGGAAGCGACUGAGGCAGUGAAGCCUGUGAUGGGGAAGUAUUACAGGGAGCCACAAAAAUCAGGCCCUGUACCGUUCCAUUUGGUUCGAGAUCUAUUGACAAGUUUGAAGUAUGAUCACUUUGUAAGUGACCAAGGAGAUGUAGUCUACUAUCAAACUGAUCCUCAUUUUUCAAGUUCCAAGGGCAAAUCAGAAUAAAGCUACCGCAUACGGAUGGACCACUGCUUAAGUUGCUAAUUGACGAAGUUUCAUAUUUGAUGAUGACAAAAUGUGAACUACGUAUCUCCACUAUAUAUCUCAGGUCAAGCAUUGCUUGGGCUAUAUUCCGCCCUUGUAUUCCUUGUCAAAAUUUACAUAGAGAUAAUGCCUCAUGUAUGACGUGAUGGCAGUGUACUUCUUGUUUUGUGUCAGUUGACAGUGUAAGAGUCGUUCAUACGGAAUAAUACUUGUUCUUUUGAUC